AUGACCAAAACAAACAUUCACAUCCCAGGCCUCGCCGGGUUAAACGCCUACACCCGGACACUCAGCAUAGACGAUGUAAAGAUAUGCGUAUCCGUCGAAGAAGCCUUCACGGAAGCCGAGCGGUGCUCCGAGGAAAAGUUCUAUUAUCGGCUCGGAGCUUGUCCGGAACUAUGUCUGGGCCUGUUUAUCGAGAACGAGGAUGGCAGUGGCUCGGACAAGCUUAUUGCGCAUGUCAUUGCACUCCGUACGCACGACACACGUAUCACGGAUGGGGCGGUGGGAAUGCCGUGUGAUUGGCGCUCUUUGGAUGGCGAACCGGUCUUUGUGGAUGGGGAAUUGAUUGGGAAUCAUAAGUAUGGGGAGAAUAUUGCGAUUCAUUCGGUGGCCGUUUCGCCGGAGUACCAGGGGAAGAAGGUUGGGAGGGCGUUUGUGCGGGCAUAUAUUGAGUACCUUCGGGGGGCGGUGCUUAUUGCGCAUGAUUAUUUGGUUAAGUUUUAUGAGGGUGCUGGGUUCAAGAAUCUGGGGAAGAGCGAGUCGACCUUUGCGGGGGGUGGUUGGUAUGAUAUGGAUUGA